CGCAGCCAUAGUGAGUAAUGAACAUCCGAAGGACGAAAAGUAUCAGCACACACUACUGAGGAAGAAAAAACAAAGUAGAAAAAGACGAAAAGAAACACUGGUAGAGUUGAAGUGCGUUCCGUUAAAUUGCUGAAUAACAAAACGCAAUCAUGGAGAGUAAUCCGCCACCGUUGUACUUCCGGCGCAUCUGUCGAUUCUGCUUAUCGGAUUCAGAACCUUUGAACUCCAUUUACGAGCACAACCACAAGUCAGUCCAUCUACCACUCCAGUUGCAGAUCAUGUCCUGCGUUGCUAUCGAGGUCUAUAUCGAGGACGAGAUGCCGCAGGUGAUCUGUAAUACGUGCCGCUGGAAUCUGGACUACUUUUAUAAAUUCAAGUUGCAGUGCAAGAAAGCUGACGAGGCAUUAAGAGAUUGCCUUCUGUCUGGAAAAUUACCGAAACCUUUCCCCCUUCGUAUCAAUCCAUUGACGGAGAUCGGCAAUAAAAGACCAGCCGAAUCACAGAACGAGGUUUCGAAAAAGCAACGCACCUCUGAUGAUGAUAGCAGAAAUAUAAGAGAGAGACGUGAGACCAGAAGAAGGGAGAAAGAGAGGGAAAGAGAAUCACAAAAUGAAAACCAGAAUAUCAGCGAGCAGCAUCUUUACGAGGAAACAGAGAACGAGCAGAACAGAGACAGUGAGAGUAAUCAGGAAGCGAGUAACAUUAAUGAAAACAGAGAAUACGAGCCAGCAGAGGUCAAAGUACACGCAUGCGAUCAAUGUGAACGUACGUUCGCAUUACGUCAGGCUCUGCUGCUGCAUGUUCAGCGCAUUCAUGUUCGCGCUCGCAAUUACAAGUGCAACGAGUGCGAAAAAAACUUUUUCAACAAACACGAUCUGGUCAAGCACUUAAGUAUACAUUCGCAGGAGAAGCCGCAUUCAUGCUCGAUCUGUGAGAAGCAGUUCUCGCGGCUGACUUCGCUGCAACGUCACAAGAAGGUACAUAAAGAUGAGACGCACUACGCCUGUUCCCAUUGCGACAAUGAAUUUUUCACUACAGAGGAACUCGAAGAGCAUAAGAACUCGGCACACAAGAAAGAGAAGCCGUUCCAGUGUAACAUUUGCAAAAAGCGCUUCCUAUACAAACAGGGUCUGCAACGGCACGAGACGCUACAUAAUAAUAAGGAUGAAAAAUUCGUAUGUGAUUACUGUAAGGAUACUUUCCGUACUUGCACAAAGCUGGCCCGACAUCUGAUUACCCAUGCUGGUCCUCGACCGUAUAUGUGUAAAUUGUGUCCUCGCACAUUUCUACUAUCGCAUCAUUUAACUAGACACAUGCGUAUGUCCCAUUCAAAGGAGAAGCGCCGUGUAUACAAGAACGGCAAGAAGAGCUUAAAAAUGAAUCAGUUGAUGCACGCGAAACGUACAUACAUGUGCCUCACCUGCGAUGUCUGUCAAGAAUCUUGUCGUAAUCGCGCUGAUUAUGUCAUUCACAUCAAACAGCAUAUCGAAGCGGGCGAGAAAAUGGACCCUGAAAGUUUACAGCCCAAUAUUAAGAAAAAUCUUAAAUUAAAGUCUAAUAAGACGAAAGAAAAAGAAAAAUAUCAGCAUUCUAAUAGGAAUGAUCACGAGUCGCCAAGGUACGUUGUGAAGAAGUUACCAAAGCCGUCAAUGCCCUCACAGAGUGAGAAGAAAGAAGAGCAGGCCAGAAAAGAUAAGAAAGAGAAUUCCGAGAAACAAGAAAAGGAAGGACCCAAUGUGAUGUACGUACGUAGUAAAAAUGGUAGCAUGGUCAAAAUCACGACAUUCCCACCCAUCGAGCGUAUACACGAUAUUCAAGAGCAGGAAGAAAUAUUCAAGAGUACGAAGCAAACUAUUUCAAUCGAUUCUCCUUCUCAGAGCAGCUUAAAAGGCCUCAUGUCAUCGCAAAUCGAAAAGAUUCCCAAAAGCGUGGAUGACGAGUUACAGAUCAUCACCUCAGCAUCCAAAAAGAAGACCCCGUUGAAGCACCAACAGAACAAUCAAGAUCAAUCUAAGGAAUCGCUAACAUCUGUGACGAGAGUCCAGAGUUCUUCUCAAGAAAAUAGCAAGGACAACGAUAAAUCAAAGAUCUUAGCAUCCACUCCGAACACCAUCAAAAUUAAAAGAAUUAAAAGAAUUGUGGUGAGGAAACCGACAGGAGGAAGUAACGAAGAAACAUCAACUAAUUUAUCUGGUAUCAAGGAUGAAGAUUCUUCUCUGAACGGUUCUCCCGGCUCGCGUAAGAUCAAGCGAAUUAUUGUCAGUAGAAUUAUCCGAAAGAAUGAUGUUGUUCAUGAAGUUAUGAAUCCAGACGGAACUACGAUAGAUUCUGCAGAACUGACAAAAGUAUCGUCUGACGAUGUAGUGAAGCGAGUAGUAAGGAAGCUACCGCUCGAUAAGAAUCAGAAUAUGGUACAAGCGCUAUUGCAAUCCGCAAAACAACGUCAAAAAACAGAAGAUACAGCGCACGAAAAGUUCGAGGUGACGACUUCAACGUUAUCCAGCAAUGAUACACUAGAAAGUUCGGAUACUUUGGAAAACAAGCAAUUGAUCACCCUGGGUCAGGAUCAGGAAAUAAUUUAUGUAGAAGCUGAAGCAAUUGGAGACGUAGCGGAAAUAGUAGAUAUUUAAAAUUAAGGAGUCGCAAACGAAAAAAUAUAAUGGUGAUUAACGAAAUAUUACUGGACAUGAUGAGUCUGAAGAUGAACAGCAGCUACCAUUCAAGAGAAUAUUUGUGAAACGAAAACAACAUAUGCGAUAAGGAAGUACAACGAUGACAUAGAAGCAACAAAGAGAAAUUUGAUUUCAAUAGGAAAAGAAGAGUGAAAAAAAAGAGGAAGAAAUGUUGGAAAAUGUUCAGAAAAAAAUUCAAAGUACGAUGAUGAGCAGCAGUAAUAUCAUAUCAAGUGAUAUAUCUUCGAAAAAGGAUCCAAUGAUCUCGAGUACCAAAUUAUUCAAACAAGUAUUACGUGAUCAUUAUUAUUAUAAGUCUAGCGAUACAUCAAAGAUGAAAGAGGUGAGUCCAGAAUUGUAUAAAAUUUUCAAGACUAUCGACAACGUAGAAGAUACAAGUUUAGUUUACACCGAAUACUGAUAGUGGUAAUACUUAGUACUACACGUACUAAAUUACUUGAUACUCUCAAUAUAAAUACUGGAGAAUUACUUCAGUGGGCUCUUGUCUGAUACUCCCGAAUCGCGAGACCAAACUGGUACAUGUAUCAAAAAAUCUCAUGCGCUGUAAAUACUUGACUCGUAUGUUAAACUCGCUACUUUAAAUAAGGACGUAUCAAAUAGUUCGUUCAAUUUGAGAUACGCAUACUAAUCGAUUUAACAGUGUAAAAGGAAUCACAGAAGAAGGUUCUGAACAAUUUCACCCAAAUUCUGAUAUCGCGGCCUCAUCUUACAUGAAAUGAAAGAUUGACCCAGCGAUGGAGGUCAAUAUCAUUUAGGAGAUCAAGUUAGCUCCUGAGAUGAAAAAGCCUUCGCAGAUCAUCGUCGUACAAGAGGAACGUCAAUCUGACUCCAACACUAUCACUUAGAUAAUCAGGAUCUCUCUGAGAUCACUUCGAUUUUUGAGGCAUCAGACAACGUAUUGGAGAUGUAGAAAUUGACAGGCAGCAAUCUGAACGAAUUCAUACAGUUGUCACAGUGAAUGACAUUAUCAAUUUGAACUAAUGAUAGCCAGAACUGGAGGAUAAACUCGCAGAUAAAAGAUUGAAGAUUUGUUCUUUUUUUUUUUGCCUGGUUGAGGUACUGUACUAAGUAAAAAUUAUUCUCCCGAAUUCAUUGUAUGAUUCC